UCUUAAAUAUUCCACAUUCUUUAAAAUGUCAUAUAGGUCAAUUCUUUCGAUUAAAACAAAGCAGUUAAAAAAACUUGACAAAAUUAACAGAAACAACAGGAAAAAAAAACAGAAAUCUCCCUGAAAGAUCCAUGUCAAGAUUCCUCAGUUUCGCCGCUUCUCGCGAUUGGUUCUACCGAUUAUCGUUUUCCAGCGCCGGUCUCCGGCCGAUCACAUCCGAUCUCGGCGACGGAACAAUCAUGCAUUGCUGGGUUCCAAAGCUUCCCAAACAAUCCAAACCCAAUCUCCUCCUCGUCCACGGCAUCGGCGCCAACGCAAUGUGGCAAUACAGCGACCAUCUCCGCCACUUCACGCCGUCGUUCAACGUCUACGUCCCCGAUCUCCUCUUCUUCGGCGACUCCUUCACGUCGAAACCCGACCGGCACGAGUCGUUUCAGGCGAAAUGUUUGAUGAGACUCAUGCAGUCUCACGGCGUGUUUAAAAUGAACCUGGUUGGGAUCAGCUACGGCGGGUUUGUAGGGUAUAGAAUGGCGGCGUUAUUUCCUGAUGCGGUGGAGAGAAUUGUGUUGUGCUGCGCCGGAGUUUGUUUGGAGGAGAAUGAUAUGGGGAAGGGUUUGUUUAGGGUUUCGGAUUUGGAUGAAGCGGCGAGUAUUUUGCUGCCGCAGUCGCCGGAGAAAUUGAGGGAGUUGAUGCGGUUGUCGUUUGUUAAGCCGGCCAGAGGUGUUCCUUCUUUCUUUCUUGAAGAUUUCAUCAACGUAAUGUGUAAGGAUUAUGCUCAGGAGAAGAGAGAAUUAAUACAGGCCAUACUCAGGGGUCGAAAGACUUCUGAUCUCCCAAAGAUUACUCAGCCAACAUUGAUAAUAUGGGGAGAGCAAGAUCAAAUUUUCCCACUUGAAUUGGGACACAGAUUGCAAAGGCAUUUGGGAGAAAAUGCAGAAUUAGUGAUCAUCAAGGAUGCUGGGCAUGCAGUAAAUCUAGAAAAGUCCAAGGACUUUGUUAAUCACUUAAAAUCUUUUCUCAUUAAUUCAAUUCCACCUUCUUCUUCUACUUUGAAACAACUUUUCCAAGAAUUCUUAAAAUUAAAUUGACUCCUUAUAUUUUGUCAAACAUAGCAUUAAAUCAUUUAAUUUUUUUCUUUGUUUUUUUGACAAAAAGUUGAUUAAUGGAGUGCUUUUUACUGUAGAUGUAUGAAAUUACUCUCACUUUUUUUCCAUUCCUUAUAAAUUAUUUGCUGAAA